AUCUACCUUCAACCAUAAAGUAUCAUUUUUGUCAUUUCCUCAAACAAGAAUCGUCAUAAUCUGAUUCAGUUGAAAAAUCAAAGUCUUGAAAGUACUCAAUAAUCUGAUUCUGUAAGCAUUAUCUAUCCACCUCGAUCUUCGUGCCAAACCCAUGACCAAUUUUUUGUCCUUAAAAAAACAACUUUAAAAAGUUUGUCUUGUCACAUAUAAAUUAAGAAUUCUCUUCUCUUUUUUUUUUUUUUCCAUAAAAGAUUUAAUGGCAAGCUAUGGAAAUUCUGACUUUAAUCCUGAAUUAGUCAUUUCACACAAAUUCCCUGAGAGUUUAUAUACUUACACUGAAAGGGAUGCUGCUCUUUAUGCUCUUGGUGUAGGAGCAUGUGCAAAAGAUGCUAUUGAUGAUAAAGAGCUUAAAUAUGUUUAUCAUCAAGAUGGUCAGGAAUUCAUCCAGGUCUUGCCAACUUUUUCUACUUUGUUCUCUCUUGGAGUUUUGCCGCAAAUUGACCAGCUUCCAGGCUUGCAAUUUGAUCCACGUCUUCUACUGCACGGCCAACAAUACAUUGAAAUCUAUAAGCCACUUCCUUCACAUGGCUGCAUACUAAAUAAAGCGAGUAUUGCUGGAUUGCAUGAUAAAGGUAAAGCAACUGUUCUUGAAAUAGAAAUUGUGAGUUACGAGAAAGAAUCUGGUGAUCGGCUAUGCAUGAACCGGUUGGCCGUUUACUUGAGGGGUGCUGGUGGAUUCUCGAAGUCAUCUCAGCCUUACUCUUACUCGAGCAAUCAUAGUAAUCAGUCUGCCUUUCCUAAAAUUCCCAAAAGUCAACCUUUUGCUGUAUUUGAAGAAUGUACGCAUGCAUCACAGGCUUUGCUGUAUAGGCUAUCUGGUGAUUACAAUCCAUUGCAUUCAGAUCCGAUGGUUGCAGAAAUUGCAGGAUUUUCUCGUCCAAUACUGCACGGGUUGUGCUCACUGGGCUUUGCAGUUAGGGCUAUCAUUAAAUGUAUUUGCGGAGGUGAUCAGAACAUAAUAAAGAGCAUAUCUGGUAGAUUUCUGCUUCAUGUCUAUCCAGGAGAAACUUUAAUUACAGAAAUGUGGUUGGAAGGGUUGAGAGUCAUAUAUCAAGUGAAGGUUAAGGAACGUAACAGGGCAGUGCUUUCUGGAUUUGUGGAUCUUGAUCGUUUAAGUUCAUCUCUGUGAUUGUUCAUGGUGCGCUCACCAGGAAAUAAUGUUUUGUAUAAUAACUUUUAUUCGUACUUUAUAUCUAUUUAUACAUUCUGGAUCUUUAAAUCUUGAUCAUUGCUGAGUUCUCCUGGUACAUUACUAAGGAGAGAGCUUAUUGUGCAAUAAUCUAAAUUACCAUUCCCUUAUGCUAAAAGUUUAAAUUUC